GGCUGGCGCUGAUUGGCUGUUGUUCGUUCUCAUUAUGCGAGAGCUGAUUGGUCGGCUCCUCUCCUCCGCGGGCUGGCUCCUCCCCCCUCCAGACGCCGAGCAGCAGAGGAGGCAUCAGCGCGGUGUGCUGCGGACAGGAGCCCACUCAGCGCGGCUUUCAGGACAACUUUUAACGACUGGACACGGACUACAACACACGGAUGCACUGUGUUGCACAGCUACAGGUCACAGAAACUGAUGAGUCACAGAAGAUGGUGUAAAAGGCAUCCAUCUGCUGCCGCUGCAGAGAGUGAGGGGCUGAUGUGGGAGCAGUGCUCAGCGAGUCAGAUGCACGAGCACACUAAUCAAGUGCUGCAAACACACCUGGUCGAGAGCAGCGCCAUGUAUCUCUAUUUGUGUGAGGAGAGCUUCCACCUAUAGAACACAUGGAUUACAUGUACCAAAAACAAGAGAUGGUAUGAGGAGAAGGAGCCCAUAUUGCCUUGGACGAGCGCCAGCUGUGUCAGAUGCUGCUACAGAGAGCUGAAGGCCUCCCUCGCAAGCUGCCAUGGGACACAGUAAGGACGUAGACAUGAUAAGAAAUCUCUGCUGUGGUUCUUUUCAAACAAAACCCUAGAAAAGUCCAUUAUCUGAAAUUAAUGUGAGCCGCGUUGCGGAGGCAGCCUCAAGCUGCGCCGCCACAUCUGAAACAACCAAUGGAAUCGUGGCCUCAAGGUUUCCGAUGCUGCUGCCGCUGGUAACAACAGCCGAGUGACCAGCGAUGCCUUCUAAGGUCUCCUGCUUAUACUUGCUGACAGUGGUUUGCUGGGCCAGCGCUCUGUGGUACCUGAGUGUGUCCCGCCCUUCCACUUCCUACAUAGGCCAACUGACUAUACCUAUACGCAAAGUGCCCAAGGCGAACAAGAACGGCACCUUCAGUAACAUCCGAACGCGCUCGCUUAACCCACAUGACUUCGGCUACCUCAUCAACGAGGAGAAGAAGUGCGAAGCAGAGCCGCCCUUCCUCGUCAGUCUCAUCAGCACCACCCACAAGGAAUUUGACGCCCGUCAGGCCAUCCGUGAGACAUGGGGUGAUGAGAGCACCUUCCCAGACGUUCGCGUGGUCACACUCUUCUUGUUGGGUCGCAGCACUGACAACGUCCUCAACCAGAUGGUGGAGCAGGAGAGUCAGAUCUUUCAUGACAUCAUAGUGGAGGAUUUUAUUGACUCUUACCACAACUUGACUCUUAAAACGUUAAUGGGCAUGCGAUGGGUUGCCACAUUUUGCUCUAAGGCGCAGUACGUUCUCAAGACAGACAGUGACAUCUUUGUCAACAUGGAGAAUCUAAUUUUUAGCCUCUUGAAGCCAACUACCAAGCCCAGGAGGAGGUACUUCACCGGCUACGUCAUCAACGGCGGGCCAAUCAGAGACAUGCGAAGCAAGUGGUACAUGCCAAGGGAUCUGUACCCAGACAGCAAGUACCCACCCUUCUGUUCUGGCACGGGCUACAUCUUCUCAGCAGAUGUUGCUGAGCUAAUAUACAAAACCUCCUUACACACCAGGCUGCUACACCUGGAGGAUGUGUAUGUUGGUGUGUGCCUCCGUAAACUGGGAAUCCAUCCGUUCCAGAACAGCGGCUUCAACCACUGGAAGAUGGCGUACAGUCUUUGCCGAUACCGCCGGGUGGUCACUGUCCACCAGAUCUCCCCUGAGGAAAUGCACCGUAUUUGGAAUGACAUGACCAGCAAGAAGCACCUGAAGUGUUAGCAGGACUAGCAGAGCUUUUGAUUUGGAAAGUCAGCUAAGCCUGUCUUCUUUUUCAUUUGUUUUGGCAAGUACUUUUCAGCACGUAGCACUGAGCUACAAGAGAAGUAUUGACGUGUUUUCAGGCACUGAUUGCUUUGCCAGGAGUCUCGACAGUGCUAGGCCAGAGCAGACUCCUCUGUCUCCCUCACUUCAAGGUGUUUUUGAGAGGUACUCCAAUCAGACUCACUAAAUAGGCACAACCUUGGAAAUAUGUUUUCAAAAAGUGUGCCAAAUGUUCAGCCUGUUGUUUGUUCUUGCCAGCAGCAUUAUGAUUUUAUAAGAAAAUACAAGACACAAAGCGUGUGUUAAAACACUCAUCGAUACAUGAGAAACAAACUGUCUCCAUUACUCGACUGCAGAUCACAGAAAUGCCAACACAGUUCUUUGAACCCAGACAUUUGCCAUUGCAAACUCUUAUUAUGAAUGUUCCUAAUGUAUUUUCAGUUGUAUUUUUCUGAAGAAGGUGUUAAGGUGUUGGAUGUACUGUCUGGCACUAGCAAUAGCUGUCAUCAUGUCGAACACCAUGAGUCAUCAGGACUCAUUUGAAUAGUGUUGUUCUUACUCUAGGAAGGCAGCGAAAAUAAGAGUAUUAUCAACCCCACCUGUUUGCCUCUGUUAUAUUCUUCUUUAGAUCCAGACAUAUUUUCUUACAAAAGAUCCACAGGUCUUUGUAUCGUGCAAUGAAAAUCUUCAAAAAGGAUCCGGACAACCAGAAGAUAUUGGCUGCUUGCAUUCCCAAGUGAAUGUUUCUGCUGUUAAUGUGUAAUGUGCAGUUAUUCGUCUCAGGCCGUGCUGUGAGCAGGCUUCAGACUUUUAUAUUUUCUAUUACUUGAACAAGAUGGAGAACAGAUGUACUGCAAGCGCAGUGUGUACUGAGGACAAGUAUUACAUUUCAGAGUGCUUUCUUCUUUUCAAUUACUUGAAAUUCAAUAAAGCGCUUUUGUAAGA